AUGCAAAUCGUUGUAACACUUGAGUACAAGAAUGGACAAGAAAUUACACCAAGUGAUAAAGCAAAACCAAAAACUGUAAAUGAUAAGAAUUAUCAGCUUGAAAUACGAGAUGCUGAAGAAGAUGAUGGUGCCGAAUAUAAGGUUGUUCUAUCAAACGAUGAAGGAAGCGCUGAUUCUAGUUGCGCUUUGAUCGUCAAACUACCACCUGAAAGACCAACAAUCAAAAAAGGCAUUGAAGAUCAAUUUAUUCCGAUUGGAAAACCACUGGAAAUUGCUAUUGAGGUAUUUUAUUAUUCAUUUUCUAAUCAGUUUAUCAAAAUUAAACAACAGGAUUUGCACCAGAUUAACUAA